UAAAAACUUGGGUGAGUAAUAAUGAUAAUAAUAGUAAUUCAGUGAUCCAAUAAAACAUAUAAAUCAACACAUUUUGUUUAUAUGAACAAUAAUAAAUCAAUAAUAAAAUAGUCAUAGUGAAUACCUGUACUGUAUACAUACGAUAUAUAAAUGUAAUGGUGGUCUGGUGUAGUAAUUUUACAUCACUAAGGUAGUUUUUGUAAUGACCUCCUUGAAGUAAAACGACUCAUAGAAAGAACAAAAGCAUGAAAUAAUGUUCGUCAAAUGAUUAAAGGUAUUGAAUGAUGAUGACGACGGACUGGCAGGCGGGCAGGGAGAGCAAAGGAGGGAGGGAGGGAGCGAGCGAGCGAGCGAGAGGGACGGGGGAGUCCUCCGCUCCAGCGACCGGACUAGGAAGCAUUCGCUCGCUCCGACUGGCAUCCCAACAACAAUGAGCACCGCGCCGGGCUAGGGGCGUCACUCGUCGGGUCGGCAGAUGACCAGCGAGCACGGAUUGCGGUAGUCGGCUCAGCACCACCGUCGCCAUGAAGGAGCUGAAGGGCUGCGGUAUGCGCUCGUCGGUAGGCUUUUUGUCCCGCCGCGGGCUGACGGGGCAGCCGCUGAUGAAGGAUGAGUUCCAGCGGCGCAGGCUGGCCGGCUGCACCAGCCUGUACAAGAAGGACAUGCUCGGACACUUCGGCUGCGUCAACGCCAUCGAGUUCUCCAACAACGGCGGCGAGUGGCUGGUGUCCGGCGGAGACGACCGCCGGGUCCUCCUGUGGCACAUGGAAGAAGCGCUCCACGCUCGCUCCAAACCGCUCAAGCUGAAAGGAGAGCAUCUGUCCAACAUCUUCUGCCUCGCCUUUGACAGCAGCAACAAGAAGGUUUUCUCUGGAGGAAACGACGAGCAGGUGAUUCUUCACGACGUGGAGAGACGGGAGACGCUCAAUGUGUUCCUGCACAUCGACGCCGUGUACAGCCUCUCGGUCAGCCCCGUGAACGACAACGUCUUCGCCAGCUCGUCCGACGACGGCCGCGUCCUCAUCUGGGACACCCGAGAGCCUCCACAUGGAGAACCCUUCUGCCUGGCCAACUACCCGUCGGCCUUCCACAGUGUGAUGUUCAACCCGGUGGAGCCCCGACUGCUGGCCACCGCCAACUCCAAGGAAGGGGUCGGCCUCUGGGACAUUCGCAAGCCGCGCAGCACGCUGCUGCGCUACGGCGGCAGCAUGUCGCUGCAGAGCGCCAUGAGCGUGCGCUUCAACAGCACGGGCACGCAGCUGCUGGCGCUGCGCCGCCGCCUGCCGCCCGUCCUCUACGAGCUGCACUCGCGCCUGCCCAGUUACCAGUUCGACAACCAAGGCUACUUCAACUCCUGCACCAUGAAGAGUUGCUGCUUCGCCGGCGACCGUGAUCAGUACAUCCUGUCCGGCUCGGACGACUUCAACCUCUACAUGUGGAAAAUCCCCACGGACCCCGAAACGGGAGGCCGCGUAGUGAACGGAGCCUUCAUGGUUCUCAAGGGCCACCGGUCCAUCGUCAACCAGGUCCGCUUCAACCCGCACACCUACAUGAUCUGCUCGUCCGGUGUGGAAAAAGUCAUCAAGGUGUGGAGUCCUUACCAGCAGCCCGACAGUCUGGGCGAUCUGGACGGGUGCGCGGAGGACAAGUGCCGCAGCCUGUACACGCACGAGGAGUACAUCAGCCUGGUGCUGAACAGCGGCAGCGGCCUGUCGCACGACUACGUCAGCCAAUCCAUCCAGGAGGACCCGCGGAUGAUGGCCUUCUUCGAUUCGCUGGUGCGACGCGAGAUCGAGGGCUGGAGCUCGGACUCGGAUUCGGACCUGAGCGAGGACGCCAUCAUGCAGCUGCACGCCCGCGGCCGCCGCGCGACCCGCGCCACCACGGCAGGGGCGGCGGCGGCGGCGGCUGCGGCUACCGAAAGCGCGGCGGGAGCCGGAGUUGGAGGAGACGACUCUGGUAAUUCCAGUUCCGGAGGGGACGGCGAGGGGCGCUCCACGAGGCUGAGCAGCCGCCCGCCGUCGGGCUUCCUGGCGAACGACGACUCCGACUCCAGCGAGUUCUGGCUGGACCCGAUGCCGCGCCCCCGCUCGCCGAGCCCGCGCGACUACACCACCAUGUCCAUCCCCUCGUCCACCUCCCCGUCGUUUCCCGCCAGCGCCUCCAGUUCCUCGGCCAGCGCCUCCAGCUCCAGCAGCGACGACGAGGAGCGACGCAGCGCCGUCCGUCAGCGCAACGUGACGAGGCGGCGACGCAUGCGAGCGGCGUCGCGCGCCGGCGAGCGGCCCGACGCCGACUCCGCCGGGCAGGCCCUGUUCUCCGCCGCGGACCCGUGCAGCUACCCGUCCAUCUCCGUCCACGACUUGACGUCCUCGGACGGAGAGGAGUCCGAACGCGACGGCGGGAAACAACGUCUCAGCCUGUCGGAUUUGGUGUGCGGCAGCCCGGUGAUGCCGCUCGACUGUCAGGCGGACGGGAGCCAGCCGGCGACGGGAGACCGCCGGAGGACCGAGACCGCCUCGGACGACGGGGAGGCGGCGGGCGUGAACGGGCGCCGCCGAGAAGCCGCCGCCGGACUGCCGGAGGACGGGGACGGCGUCGCGGACACAAGGACGGGAGAGAGGCUAAAAGUCCCCACGCAGAAGCGGACUCACGUGGGAUCAGAAGAGGGUGAGUGCGGCUCCUCGGAGAAGAAGCUCAAAACAUAGUUGCUGCUUUUUCAGUUCGGUUUUGUUUUCAUUAGUUUGGAGGUCGUGUGAACCGGGAGGGGGCAGGAAGUGAAGUUGCGGAAUUAUUCGCUCAUUCCUUAAUACCUAAUUUAAUUUUUUUUUUUGGAGAAGAAGAAGAAGAAGAAUAGGAAUUUUAUGCUCAGGCCGAAGCGAUAAAAGUAUGAUUAACACACAUUUGUGCCAUCUUGGUGCUAAGGAAAUAUGUUGACAGUUGAGGAGUUUGCUUUCGACGAAAGAACUGCUUUCGCACCACCUUGUUACAUCUUUUAAGUAAUAAUCAAUGUUUUUUUAAAAAAUAAUCUAACUUUUGUGCAAUUAACUAUGAAUGCCAUAAAAUGGUGCCAAAAGAGUUUUUUGGGUCAAAAAAUGAACCUCCUCAACUGAUUUUGGCGCUGAGAUGCCACCAGAAGGCAGCAAUUAACCACAUAUUUUGCUAAAUCUAAUCAUUUUUACCGCCACAACAUAGUGACAAAAGACCACUUUUGUGAAAACGAAGUUCCUCAACUCACUUAAGCGCUGAUAUGCCAUCAGAAGAAGGCAAUUACUUUCAUUUUGGGUCUUUUUUGAGUUAUUGAAGCACCCCCUCGCCGAGAGUUUUACUCGACUACAGUUGUCUAUAAAUGCCACAAGAUUUCUGAUUAAAUGAAGCUCCUCAACUCACUUCUGCGCUUAGAUACCACCAGAUGGCGCCGAAGUCCAGUACAAAUUCCUCUGAUCGGGUAGUAGGGAAUGAGUGAAUGAUUCCAGACACGCGCAUUUCGUUAUCAGUACUAUUUUUAUCGCUUUGGUGGUCAUGUGACCCCACCCCCCCAUCCUCCAAAAGACAGGAAGUGAAGUCGUUGAUGUGGACACGGCACGCAAAGUGACUCGCCAUUUUCUUUCAAGUGUUUGACGUCGCGCGUACGCGUUCUGUUCGGAUGUUUGUUUUCCUUUCUUUGGAUUUCUUUGCGCCGGGGGGAGAUGACGAGCGGCGUCGCGUUUCGAUCGUUACAAAGCAGACAUGUUUUCUGUCAAUAAAGUUUUGUCUUGUUCUCCA